UCUUCUAACAUGUGCUCUCCGGUCAAUCCUCCGUGUGAAGACUGAAGUCCUCAAGAUGAGUGUUUAUGAGGAGGAGGAGUUUCCAGACUCCAGCUGUCUGUCCAUGAAGAGUGACUGGUCCAAAGGAGAUCCUCCAUGGUUCAGUAAAGAACCUGAACCCUCAGACACAAACAGACAGAGAGAAGAAUCUGCAGCCUCCAGCUGUCUGUCCAUGAAGAGUGACCGGUCCAAAGGAGAACCUGAAAACUUCAGUAAAGAACCUGAACCCUCAGACACAAAAGUGAUGAAGAGGAGGAGAGUUUGUGUGGAGGAGCAGCCGUCCUGCUGUGCUCGGUGUCAGGACGUCCUGAAGGAUCCGGUCUCUAGCAGCUGUGGACACUGGUUCUGCAGACAGUGCAUCAGCUCAUACUGGGACCAGUCUGCUCCAUCAGGACACUCCUCCUGUCCCCAGUGUGGAAAAAGAUCCAGAACCAGAGGUGGACUGCAGACAGCCAGUCAGAGCAGCUGUGGACAAAGUGUUGGUCUGCAGGAGGUUCUGCAGGAACAUAAGAUGAGUCUGAGGAGGAGAUGUGAACAUGUGACUGAAGGAAGUGAUGAAACAGGAGGUGGAACCCUCCUGAACAGGAUCUACACUGAGCUCUACAUCACAGAGGGACACAGUGGAGAGGCUGAUGUCCAACAUGAGGUGAAGCAGCUGGAGACAGAUUCCAAGAAGAGCCUCCAUGACACUCCCCUCAGGUGCCAGGACAUCUUCAAAGCCUUACCUGAGCAGCAGAGAGCCAUCAGAGUGGUCCUGACCAACGGCGUGGCUGGCAUCGGAAAAACCUUCUCAGUGCGGAAGUUCACUCUGGACUGGGCAGAGGGCGGAGAAAACCAAGGCGUCAGUGUGGUGGUGGUGCUUCCGUUCAGGGAGCUGAACUUGAUCAGAGAUGAGCAGCACAGUCUUCUCACGCUGCUCCAUGUUUUCCAUCCAACGUUACAGAAGGUGACGGCAGAGCAGCUGGCUGUCUGUAAACUUUUGUUCAUCUUUGACGGUCUGGAUGAAAGCAGACUUUCACUGGAUUUCUCCAACAGGGAGGUUGUGUCUGACGUCAGCCAGAAGUCGUCGCUGGACGUUCUGCUGGUGAACCUCAUGGAGGGGAAUCUGCUUCCCUCGGCUCUGGUCUGGAUCACUUCCCGCCCAGCGGCAGCCAAUCAGAUUCCUCCUAAACGUGUGGACAGGUUAACAGAAGUACGAGGCUUCACCGACGGCCAGAAGGAGGAGUACUUCAGGAGGAGGUUCAGUGAUGAAGAGCGCUCCAGCACAAUCAUCUCCCACAUGAAGACAUCCAGGAACCUCCACAUCAUGUGUCGACUCCCAGUGUUCUGCUGGAUCACUGCUACAGUUCUGGAGCACAUGUUGAGCACAGAGCAGAGAGGAGAGCUGCCCAAGACCAUGACUGACAUGUUCUCACACUUCCUGCUGGUUCAGACACACAGGAAGAAGAACAAGUACCAUGAGGGACAUGAGACGAGUCCACAGGAGCUGACGAAAGCUGACAAGAAAGUUCUUCUGAAGCUGGGGAGGCUGGCCUUCGAACAUCUGGAGAAAGGAAACAUCAUGUUCUACCAAGAAGACCUGGAGCAGUGUGGUCUGGAUGUGACAGAGGCCUCGGUGUUCUCAGGAGUUUGUACCCAGAUCUUCAGAAGAGAGUGUGUGAUGUUCCAGAAACCAGUCUACUGCUUUGUUCAUCUGAGCAUUCAGGAGUUUCUGGCUGCAGUCUACAUGUUCCACUGUUACACCAACAGGAACACUGAGGUGCUGGAGAAGUUCCUGGGAGAAGACUGGAAAGACAAGAAGAGACACACUCUGAGUAUGUUCCUGGACAGAAUCAUGGAGAAAUCCCUCAGAAGUAAAAAUGGUCACCUGGACCUGUUUGUUCGUUUCCUUCAUGGCCUCUGUCUGGAGUCCAACCAGAGACUCUUAAGAGGUCUGCUGGGUCAGACAAAGAUCCGUUCAGAAACGAUCCAGACAAUCAUCAAAAACCUGAAGAAGAAGAACAGUGAUGAAAUGUCUCCAGACAGAAGCAUCAACAUCUUCCACUGUCUGAUGGAGAUGAAGGAUCUCUCAGUUCAUCAGGAGAUCCAAGAGUUCCUGCAGUCAGAGAACAGAUCAGAGAAGGAACUCUCUGAGAUCCACUGCUCAGCUCUGGCCUACAUGCUGCAGAUGUCAGAGGAGGUUCUGGAUGAGUUUGACCUGAAGAAGUACAGAACAUCAGAGGAGGGAAAACUGAGACUGAUUCCAGCUGUGAGGAACUGCAGAAAGGCUGGACUUUCUGGCUGUAGACUCUUAGAGAGUCACUUUGAAGUCGUGGCCUCAGCUCUGAAGUCCAACCCCUCCCAUCUGGAACAUCUGGACCUGAGUGAGAACAACCUGAAGGAUUCAAGAGUGAAACAUCUUUGUGAAGGACUGCAGAGUCCAAACUGUAAACUGAAGACUCUCAGAUUGGAGGACUGCAGGUUGUCAGAGAUCAGCUGUGAUUCUCUGAUCUCAGCUCUGAAGUCCAACCCCUCCCAUCUGGAACAUCUGGACCUGAGCUGGAACAACCUGCAGGAUUCAUCAGUGAAACAUCUGAGUGGUUUUCUGGAGAGUCCAGACUGCAUCCUGAAGACUCUGAGAUUGUGGUACUGCAGUUUGUCAGAGAUCAGCUGUGAUUCUCUGAUCUCAGCUCUGAAGUCCAACCCCUCCCAUCUGGAACAUCUGGACCUGAGCAGUAACUACAACCUGAAGGAUUCAUCAGUGAAACAUCUGAGUGGUUUUCUGGAGAGUCCAGACUGCAUCCUGAAGACUCUGAGAUUGAGGGUCUGCAAUUUGUCAGAGAUCAGCUGUGAUUCUCUGGUCUCAGCUCUGAAGUCCAACCCCUCCCAUCUGGAACAUCUGAACCUGAGCUGGAACAACCUGCAGGAUUCAGGAGUGAAACAUCUGAGUGGUUUUCUGGAGAGUCCAGACUGCAUCCUGAAGACUCUGGAAUUGGAGUACUGCAGUUUGUCAGAGAUCAGCUGUGAUUCUCUGGUCUCAGCUCUGAAGUCCAACCCCUCCCAUCUGGAACAUCUGGACCUGAGCAGUAACUACAACCUGAAGGAUUCAGGAGUGAAACAUCUGAGUGGUUUUCUGGAGAGUCCAGACUGCAUCCUGAAGACUCUGAGAUUGGCGGACUGCAGUUUGUCAAAGAUCAGCUGUGAUUCUCUGGUCUCAGCUCUGAAGUCCAACCCCUCCCAUCUGGAACAUCUGGACCUGAGCAGAAACGACCUGAAGGAUUCAUCAGUGAAACAUCUGAGUGGUUUUCUGGAGAGUCCAGACUGCAUCCUGAAGACUCUGGAAUUGGAGAACUGCGAUUUGUCAAAGAUCAGCUGUGAUUCUCUGGUCUCAGCUCUGAAGUCCAACCCCUCCCAUCUGGAACAUCUGGACCUGAGCAGGAACGACUCCCUGAAGGAUUCAGGAUUGAAACAUCUGAGUGGUUUUCUGGAGAGUCCAGACUGCAUCCUGAAGACUCUGAGAUUGUGGGGCUGCAGUUUGUCAGAGAUCAGCUGUGAUUCUCUGGUCUCAGCUCUGAAAUCCAACCCCUCCCAUCUGGAACAUCUGGACCUGAGCAGGAACAACCUGCAGCAUUCAUCAGUGAAACAUCUGUUAGAUCUUGUGGAGAGUCCAGACUGCAGCCUGAAGACUCUGGAAUGGAAUCCACGGCACUGAUCAGGACGGUGUUUGUGCUGAGAGGAUGAAGUGUGUCCUGAUGAUCCAGAGGUUGAAGCAGCAGCAGCAGCUGGUGUGUAGAGACUCUGACUGGACCAUGUUACUGGGAGGUGGACUGGGAACCAGUGUAAAGUGUGUUGUUGUCACUGUGUAGUUUAGUGUUGCAGCUUGUGGGGAAUAUUCAUUUUACAUAUGUAUUAAACUAUCAUGUUUUUUAUUCCUUUCUGCUUAUUACUUAUAAUCAUUUUAAUUACUCUUUUGCUUAUCAAUUACAAUCAUCAUUUUAUUACUUUUUUACUUAUCACUUAUAAUCAUCAUUUUAAUUAUUUCUUACUUAUUGCUUAGGAUCAUCAUUUUAUCACUUUUACUCACAAUCAUCAUAUUAAUCACUUUUGCUUAUUACUCAUGAUCAUCAUGUUAUUACUUUUAUUCAUUACUUACAAUCAUCAUUUAAUUACUCUUUUACUUAUUACUUACAUUCAUCAUUAACCUUCGUUGAUCAUAUUAUGUGUGCUUGCAACUUGUAUUAACCCUAUAAUCAAAUGUAAUAAAGUGCUUAUGAAUGCAUGUUUGAGUUCUAGCUCAUAACCUGGAAAAGUGUUGAUCUAAGCAGGUUGUGCAGGUUUCAACAUCUAACUUAAAGGAAAGUGUGUUUAAGGUAAAUGCUUGAUGUUCCACUUGACUAAAGGCUUAUGGUUACAACUGACCUUUCAAAGAGCUGAGGGGAAAACUCUCCCCCUCGCUUCAAACUAACAAACUGAAAUAAGAAUAACAUCUAGGAUGGCAGUUUAGUGUGGACAGGUGACAGUUUUAAAAUUAAAAAUAAAGAACAUCCGUUAAAACUAUGCAAUACCUGGAAGAAAGAGGGGGGUCUGAGGUUACAGAGAUGUGCAACUUGUCACGUACUCACAGUGGACAGAGACAGGGCAAAAGGUUCAAACAACAGCUAGAUGUUUAAACAAGAAUAAAAGUUAAAGUAUUAAACCAUAAAACAAUAUUGGGGAAUUAAGAUUAGAAUAUAAUGUUCAUAAGAAAAAUACUUAAAAGAAAAUGUAAUCAACAAUGUCUUAAAUUAACAGUAAAUUGGGGACAGGCAUAGAAAUCUUAUAUUAACCUAUGAGGAUCCUAGAUUAAAAUAGGGAUAAAAUCAGAUUAAUCUGCCUUAUACAAAUAAUUAAAUUAUUGAUAUUGUUGUAUUAUUAUGAAAAAUAAAUUUAAUAAGCUGAAUUAAUAAAACUCAAAGCUCAGCAUAAAUUGAGCAAGAAGCUCAGACCUGUUGUCUGCAGAGAGCAGAGUUGUAGUCUGUGUAAAACUCACAGGAAGUCACACCUCAGGCAGGCACAUACACACACAUGCAAAGUACUCUCAAUACAGGGUGAAGACGGCUGUGGUUGGACGAAGACUGAAGACAUCCGGCAGUGUGAACCAAUCAGAAGACAACAGCUUCUUAGUUAAAAACUCAUGUAAUAGUUUAGAAUUCGCUCUUUGUUGUGAACAGCUGCAUGCAGAGGAAUAUUGUCUUAGUUUUAAGCCAGAUCUGAUGUCAGCUAGAUCAACAGAGAGUCUGCAUGCAUGCAUUUCUGUACUAUCCAAUGCGUUUUUACUAAAUAUUCUUAAAUGAAUAUUUUGACUCUGAGUCAUCCUUGUCUCCGAGUGUUUUUUCCUCAUUAACAGUACCAAAGAAUCCGCUUCUGACA